AUGUACUCGACCCUGUGCCCCCACGCCACCAGGAGCACGCUGUGCUUGCAGUCCACAUCAGGGGGCACAGCCUUUGCCUUUGCUGGGGUGGCCGACGGGGCGGCCGACGGGGUGGCCGACGGGGCGGCGGCCGACGGGGCGGCGGCCGACGGGGAGGCCAACGGGGAGGCCGACGAGGCGGCGGCCGACGGGGCGGCCGACGGGGCGGCGGCCAACGGGGUGGUCGACGGGGUGGUCGACGGGGCGGCGGCCGACGGGGCGGCAGCCGACGGAGCUGCCGAUGGUGUGUCCGACGUGGCUUGCAGCCAGGCAGCUGGCUUUGCCUCCAGCCACGCGAAGUCCGGUGCAGCGUAG